AUGGCUGCUGCUGCAGUAUUUCAGUGCAUUGACGUCAUGCAGGCCUACCUUGCUCAGGACCAGCUGGUGGUACAGUGGCAAAGCUCCGGUACAGAAGUGGACACGUGGAUGAUUGAGUGGUUCCCAGACUUGGACUCCGGGCUCUCUGACAUUUCCUGGGAAUCUGUGUCUCAAGCCAGGAACUGGACAAUCCAGCAAGAUAAAUUAAAACCUUUCUGGUGCUAUAACAUCUCCGUGUAUCCAGUGUUGCAAGACCAAGCAGGAGAGCCAUAUUCCAUCCAGGUUUAUGCCAAAGAAGGCAUUCCAUCAGAAGGUCCCCGGGCCAAGGUGGAGAACAUUGGCGUGAAGACAGUCACAAUCACGUGGAAAGAGAUUCCCAAGGACCAAAGAAAUGGCUUUAUCAGCAAUUACACCAUAUUUUACCAAGCUGAAGGUGGAAAAGAAUUAUCUGAGACAGUCAACUCAAGCAUCCUGCAGUAUGGCCUGAAGUCUCUGUCACGAAAGACCUCUUACACUGUUCGGGUCAUGGCCAGCACCAGAGCCGGGGGGAAAAAUGGAACUAGGAUAAACUUUAAGACAUUGUCGAUCAGUAUCUUUGAGAUUGUCCUCAUAACUUCUCUGGUUGGAGGAGGCCUUCUUAUGCUCAUCAUCCUGACAGUGGCCUCUGGUCUCAAAAAGCCAAACAGAUUGAUUCACCUGUGUUGGCCAGAUGUCCCCAACCCUGCUGAAAGCAGUAUAGCCGCAUGGAGUGGAGAUGACUCCAAGGAUAGGCUAAAUCUGAAAGAGUUUGAUGACUCUGUAAACACAGAGGACAGGAUCCUAAAACCAUGUUCUGCCCCCACUGACCUCAUUGACAAGUUAGUGGUGAGCUUCGAGAAUUUUUUGGAAGAGGUUUCCACAGAGGAAGCUGGAAAGUGUCCGGAAAAUAUUUGGGGAGGAGAAAUGAAUGAGUAUGUAACCUCCCCCGACAGGCUUGACUGUCCCCUAGGGAGAAAUUUUGAGGAGCCUCUGGUUUUAACUGAGAUUCCUUCUAGAAAAUACCAGUACCUGUGUUUGGAAACAGCAGAAGUGACAUGCCCAGAAGCCAAAGGGCAACUUCUUUCUUCUGGUCAAAGUUUAGGACCAGACCGACUCUGUGAGGAGGGAGUACCAAAUCCAUAUUUGAAAAAUUCUGUGACAACCAGAGAAUUUCUUGUGCAUGAAAAUGCUCCAGACCACACUAAGAGAGAGGUCUAA